UGUUCCGCCGGUGCCGCUGACCGUCGCGGCGUCCCUCUUCCGACAGGUGUUCUCUGUCAUGGCCAUAUCGGGUCUUAUGAACAACACGCUGCGCUGGUCGGCCAACCUCAAGGAGUGUUUGGAGGCGGUGCUGGGUCUGGGACGGUAUCAGAGCGUGCUGCUGAUGGAGGACCAGCAGCCGUACGUGCAGGUGCCGGACGACAUACGCCAGGCGGUGGUGAUCCAGAGCGCCACGCUGGGCUGGGACGCCGUCACCGGCGAGCAGGCGGCCGGCCGACCCGUCCGGAGCGCUAACGGUGCGCCGAGUGCAGGGAGCGACGCGGCCGAGAUGGAGUCGCUGCAGCCGGCCCCGACGAUCGGCGCCAGGGAGGUGCUGCUCGACAUCGACCUCGUCGUGCCCAAGGGCACGCUGGUGGGCAUCUGCGGCGCUGUCGGCGCCGGCAAGUCGUCGCUGCUCUCGGCCGUGCUCGGACUGAUGCGACUCAAGUCGGGCCAGGUGGCUUUGGAUGGGUCCUGCGCAUACGUCAGCCAGCAGCCCUGGAUCCUGAACGCUACACUCAAGGAGAACAUCCGCUUCGGGCACAGCUUCGACGCCAAGAGGUACUUCAUGGCUCUGCGGGCGUGCUCGCUGCACGAUGACGUCACCACGCUGCCCGGCGGCGACGAGACCGAGAUCGGCGAGCGGGGCAUCAACCUGAGCGGCGGCCAGAAGCAGCGUGUGGCGCUGGCGCGCGCCCUCUACGCCGACCGAGAGAUUUACUUGUUGGACGACCCGCUGGCGGCCGUGGACUCGCACGUCGGCAGGCACAUCUUCCAGGAGUACAUCCAGACGGCGCUGGCCUCCAAAACGGUGCUGUUCGUCACUCACCAGUUGCAGUACCUGAGCCAGUGCGACACCGUCUGCCUGAUGAAGGAGGGUCGGAUCGUGGAGAGCGGGUCGCACGAGCAGCUGGUGGCAGCCGGCCGCGAGUACGCCGCUCUCAUUAGCACCUACGUGCAGGAAGAGGACGAGGAGGAGGCGCACCACUGGUGGCUGCUAACAGACUGA